CCUCUGGGCGCCGCCAUCUUGUCUUUCUCUCGGCGUGGAGGGCGCCAUCUUGUGCCCGCCUGAUGAAUGAACCUUGCCGCGAGGGAGGGGAGUCUAUCCGGUUCGCUCGGCUGCUCAGUCUCUCGGCGUGGCCAGCCAUGGAGAGCCGCGCCGCUCGCGUCUCCUUCCUCCUCCUCUGCUUGGGGGGCGCCCUGGCUGCCCCGGAGCUGGUCAACGAAGAAGUGAAGAGGACCGUGGACCUCGGAACUCACCUGGCCAAAGUGACGGCCGAGCUGAGCCUGGCCAAUCCUGCGGGGGGCUCCGGGUCCGCUUCCUCCUUCCUGCUGGCUCUGGAUCCGGGCCUGGAGAGCCACCUGGCCUACCUGGGGGUGCAGGUGAAAGGCGAGGAAGAAGAAGAGAGUACUCUUGAGUUGAAGGAGACAAAGGUAAAAGGUAAAAGUGGCAAAUUCUUCACUGUAAAACUGCCAUCUCCUUUGGCUCCAGGUGGAAAGAUUCGCUUAUCUGUUGAAACGGUUUUUACUCAUGUCCUGCAGCCAUACCCAACUCAUAUCACCCAGGCAGAGAAACAGUUUGUGGUUUUUGAGGGCAAUCAUUAUUUUUACUCUCCGUAUCCAACCAAGAUCCAAACUACUCGGAUUAAACUGGCCUCAAGGAAUGUGGAAAGCUACACCAAACUAGGCAAUCCUAGUCGGUCAGAGGACAUGAUUGAAUAUGGACCCUUCAGGGAUGUUCCACCAUACAGUGAGGAUAACCUUAAGGUGCACUAUGAAAACAACAGUCCGUUCCUGACUAUCACUACCAUGACACGUGUCAUUGAAGUUUCUCACUGGGGCAAUAUUGCUGUAGAAGAGACUGUUGACUUGAAGCACACAGGAGCUGUGCUCAAAGGGCCUUUCUCCAGAUAUGACUACCAAAGACAGCCAGACAGUGGAAUAUCAUCUGUGAAGUCUUUCAAGACUAUCCUUCCUGCUGCUGCUCAAGAUGUGUAUUACAGAGAUGAAAUUGGCAACAUAUCCACCAGUCAUCUCCUCAUCCUGGAUGACUCUGUGGAAAUGGAGAUCCGCCCUCGCUUCCCCCUAUUUGGUGGUUGGAAGACACAUUACAUCAUUGGUUAUAACCUGCCUAGCUAUGAAUACCUCUUUAAUCUUGGUGAUCAGUAUGCCCUGAAGAUGAGAUUUGUUGACCACGUGUUUGAUGAGCAAGUUACAGACUCACUAACUGUAAAGAUAAUCCUUCCAGAAGGUGCCAAGAAUAUCCAUGUGGAUAGUCCAUAUGACAUCAGUCGGGCACCUGAUGAACUUCACUACACCUAUUUGGACACCUUUGGCCGUCCAGUCAUAGUUGCGCACAAGAACAACCUAGUUGAGCAGCACAUCCAGGAUAUUGUGGUGCACUAUAAUUUUAACAAGAUCCUGAUGCUACAAGAACCUCUCCUGGUAGUUGGAGCCUUCUACAUCCUGUUCUUUACGGUGAUCCUCUACGUGAGGCUGGACUUCUCCAUCACUAAGGAUCCAGCAGCAGAAGCUAGGAUGAAAGUUGCCUGCAUCACAGAGCAAGUUCUCACCCUGGUGAAUAAGAGACUACGUCUGUACCGCCAUUUUGAUGAAGCUGUGAAUAAGUAUAAGCAGUCACGGGAUAUUUCAAACCUAAACAGUGGCAAAAAAUCACUGGAGACUGAACAUAAGGCCUUAACCAACGAAAUAGCUUCGUUGCAGUCCAAGCUGAAGACAGAGGGCUCUGACUUGUGUGACAAAGUUAGCGAAAUUCAGAAACUUGAUAGCCAAGUAAAGGAGCUGGUCCUGAAAUCUUCCGUGGAGGCUGAGCGGCUGGUUGUUGGCAAGCUUAAGAAGGAUACUUACAUAGAGAAUGAGAAGAUGCAUUCUAACAAGCGUCAGGAGCUGAUCACCAAAAUCGACAACAUUCUUGAUGCGCUAUAAGUUAGAAGUAAAAAGUUUGGGAAAGCUAAAAG